AUGCAUACACGAAAUCUUACAGCCGUCGUGCUGCCCUUCAUUUCCUUGUUCAGUAUCGGCAAUGCUCAAUCCACAAGCGGCGCUUCUCUCAGUGAUGUGCUGAGCAAGAAUGACAAUCUGAGCUCGUAUAGCAAUCUACUGCGUCAACAGUUCCCGGCCAUCCUCGAGACUUUCGAGCAGUACAACGCACAGUCGACGCCCAUCACACUUCUAGUCCCCUCCAAUCAUGCUUUUGAGCAGAUGCAAUAUAGCGAAACCCUUUCCGCGGCGUUCGCGAAUAACGACACCGCAGUUCUACAGCAGCUUAUCGCAUACCAUGCUUUGAGCGGACUCUGGACAUCCAAGACGCUCAAUACGACCUUCAAAUUCCUACCGAGCAUGACUAGCGGAACCAAUUUUUCUGCAGUAUCAGGCGGUCAAAGAGUUGGAGCGGUGCUGCAACCUCCCAAUCCCAACACGACUUUUGAACACGAGAUGGUGUUCACAUCCCAAGCGGGCACAAGAUCAGUUGUGACAUUCCAAGAUGUACCAUUUGCAGGAGGGUAAGUCGAUCUAUACUAUUGCUGUGAGCUAUACUUACAAACGGACCAGCUUUAUCCAAGUCAUCGACAACUUCCUUAUUCCACCGGUUGGAAUUGCCCCAACGAUCGAGACCUUCCAACUCGCCUAUACGCCAUUCGCAAUGACCGCUUUUCUUGGAGCAGUUUACUCCAACCCCAACAAUACGCGCCUUGCAAAGUAUCUCAAUGAGACCCGCGACCUUACUGUUUUCGUUCCCGCCAACAUCGCUGUGGAGGUGGUUUCCAAUUCCCUUUCUUCUAUGGACUUGACCGAACUACUAGAAUACCACGUUCUCACCAGCGACCAUGGACCACUCUACAGUUCGGAUUUUGCCAAUGACACGACUCUUCACACCAUGAACAAUAAGACUCUAUCAAUGCGAUUCCUUCCGAAUUCGUUCUUCGUUAAUCAGGCGAGGGUCCUCACGCAGGACAUACUCCUCUACAACGGCGUUUUGCAUAUCAUUGAUGGAGUCCUUAGUCCGAAUUCUACGGAUCGUCUACCAAAUCCAACCUCUGCGACGCAAAUGCCUGUGCUCCCGACGAAUCCGAACGCGGCGCAGAUGAAUGUUUCAAUGCCGCCAUUCACUACCUAUCUACCGAAUGACGUAUCUACGGAAGUUCCAACCACGACUGCGACAUUGGAUGGAUACGCCGUGGCUAGUAGUACGUACACGGAUGCUGCUACUUCUAUGAGCACGAAGAAGUCUUCGGCACACCGCGUUGGUGUAGCGGGGGUGGGUAGAGAUUGGGUGCUCGUCUGGAUCACAUGCGCUGGAACGCUGAUGUUUGCUUCCAUUGGGUUCUGGAAGAUGCUCUGA